AUUGUGUGGAAGGCAGCACUAGCAGACAGUCCUCGGACACGGUGGUUCAAAGAAGCUUCACCAGCAUGAACACGAUUUUCUUCAUCAGCCAAAUCGUUGGCAUCGUCCCCAUCUCUGCUGUCCUGCUCUUCGUCCUGGCCAAGCUGGUUUCCCGCCGCCCCAGCAGCCAUUUGCAGGACGGCUACGGCUACGCUGUGCUGAUAACAGGCUGUGACAGCGGCUUUGGACACCAGCUGGCUCAGUGUUUGGACCACAAAGGGUUUGUGGUCUUCGCUGGGUGUUUGUCUCCAGAAGGAGCCGGAGCCCAGAGCCUGGCCAGACAGAGCUCCAGUAAUCUGAAAAUCCUCAAACUGGACGUCACCAGUGAUGAAGAGGUGCAGCAGGCAAAGAAGACGGUCCAGGACAACCUGCCAGAGAAAGGGCUGUGGGCCGUCGUGAAUAACGCUGGGAUCUCAGACUGGGCCGAGAUCGAGUGGAGCACCAUCGAAGAUUUCCGCAAAAUGGUCGACAUCAACCUGUUUGGCUGCAUCAGGACCUCCAUUGCAUUUCUGCCUCUGGUUCGUGCUGCUAAAGGUCGGAUGGUUUAUGUUUCAAGCAUCUUUGCCUUCUUCAACUGCCUGAACAUGGGAGCGUACAGUGUGUCAAAGAGGGGUCUGGAGGCGUUUGCGGAUUGCUUGAGGGUUGAAAUGGCCAGUUUUGAUGUGAAGGUCAGCAUCAUCCAGCCGGGUAACUUCGGCCGAGCCACCAACAUCCUGAAGAUGAAAACAGGUUCAGACAUCUGGGAGAAACUAGAUGACGAGCGGAAACACAUGUUCAACCGACAGUACAUCGACCUGGCCAACGACUACUUCAAUUCAACGUGCAAGGCGGGAUUCAAGGACGCCGACAUGGUCAUCAGGGCCAUGCUGCACGCAGUCACAUCACCUCAGCCGAACUACAGAUACCUGCUGGUCUCUGCGAUGGACAGGUUUUUCUUCCAGCUCUUCCCUUUUCUCCCCACCUUCCUCACUGACGCUGUGUUUUCUCUCAGCCCCAUUUUCACUAAAAGAAAGGAAAUGCUUUACGCUAUGUAG